GCGGCGCGGGGCGGGCGGGCGGCCCCGCUCCCCCCGCUGCGGUCUCGGUUCCCAUGGUGACACUUCCUGUGGGAGCCGAAAGCGGUAGUGUGCGAGUGCCGGGAGCGCCGGGCCGGGCCGGGCCGGGAGAGCCGCGCCGCCGGCCGGGGAUGCUGCGGGGCCGCGGGCCGCGCCCGUAGCGCGCCGGGCCGGGCCGGGCCGGGCCGAGCCAGGCAUGCAGGGCAAGGGCAAACUGCUGGUGGUCCACAACGGGCGCAUGGGCCCGGCCGUGUCGGAUGGAGAGUUAAAUACCUCCCGGGCCCGUGGCAGCAACCACAGUGUGAACAGCCUGCCAGCCCCACCAGCCACGUGUGGAUCCACACAGGGCUCUGUGGUCAGCUGGGCUGAAUCCUUCGAGACGCUGCUGCAGGACCGCGUGGCUGUCACCUACUUCACCGAGUUCCUCAAGAAGGAGUUCAGUGCUGAAAACGUCUACUUUUGGCAGGCAUGUGAGCGCUUCCAGCAGAUCCCAGCCACUGACACACAGCAGCUGGCCCAGGAGGCACGGCGGAUCUAUGAUGAGUUCCUCUCCAGCCACUCGGUCAGUCCUGUGAACAUUGACAAGCAGGCCUGGAUUGGGGAGGACAUGCUGGCCACCCCCUCCCCAGACAUGUUUCGCAUCCAGCAGCUCCAGAUCUUCAACCUGAUGAAGUUUGACAGCUACACGCGUUUUGUGAAAUCCCCACUCUACCAGGCCUGCCUGCGGGCAGAGAGCCAGGGCCAGCCCCUGCCCGACCUGCGGCCCCACUCCCGCAGCAACAGCCCCCCUCCUGACCUCAGCAAGACGAAGCUGAAGCUGGGCAAGUCGCUGCCACUGGGCGUGGAGACAGCGGGCAGCGGUGCCAACCGCAGCCUCCAGCGCUCCUUCAGGAAGGGAGAGCGGCGGGAGCCGUCCUGGGCAGAGGGGGGAGAAGGCAGCAGGAGCGCCAUGUGGAGGGAGUCCCAGGGCUCACUCAACUCCUCAGCCAGCCUGGACCUGGGUUUCUUGUCCUCGGCCAGCACGGCCGCCAGCCCCUGGACGGAGGGCCAGCAGAAGAGCCUGGGGGGCAGCGAGGCAGAGCUGCCAGCCAAAGCCAUGAAGUACUGCUGCGUGUACCUGCCCGACGGCACGGCCUCGCUGGCCGCUGUCCGGCCCGGCCGCUCCAUCCGGGACAUGCUGGCAGGGAUAUGUGAGAAACGCGGCUUCAGCCUCCCCGACAUCAAGGUCUUCCUGGUGGGGAAUGAGCAGAAAGCGUUGGUGCUGGACCAGGAGUGCUCCGUGUUGGCAGACCAGGAGGUGAAGCUGGAGAACAGGAUAAGCUUUGACCUGGAAAUCUCCUCCCUCAACAAGACCAUCCGCAUCACAGCCAAGUCGACCAAGCGCAUCCGGGAGGCGCUGCAGCCCGUGCUGGGCAAGUACGGCGUGAGCGUGGAGCAGGCGCUGCUGCGCAGGCAAGGUGAGCCAGCCACCCUGGACUUGGAGAAGCUGGUCAGCACAGUGUCUGCUCAGAAACUUGUCUUGGAAACACCAGCAGGCGUACGAGUGGUGGGGAGCACUGAGGCUGCGGCUGCCCCCUCUCUGCUCCGGAGUGAGGAGGGAAGCCCAACAGGAGCAGAGCCUGACACGCGAUGGGAGAUGCCCUCCUCCUUCUCCAGGCCACAGUCUUCAGCUGCCAUGAACCUCAACCGGCGCACGUACGACCUGGAAGGGCUGGUGGAGCUGCUGAACCGUGCCCAGAGCUGCCGGGCCAACGACCAGCGUGGGCUGCUCUCUAAGGAGGACCUGGUCCUGCCUGACUUCCUCCAGCUCCCCGUGCAGGACAACAGUGCCUGUGAGGGGUCACAUCAGCCCAGUGCCCCUCAGGCUGGCUCUGAGGAAAGCAGCUGCCCUCAGGAAGAGCCUGCGCUGGCUCAGCCUUCGUUCGACCACAAGCUCUGAUGAGUGCUGCUGCACGUCCACACCCGGUGCAUGGCACCCCCAGGCCAUGCUGGGGUUCAAGAGGGGCCUGACAGCCCCUGCCCUGCACCGCUGACACUGCCCAGACUGCAGAUCCAUCCACGUCCUGUCCCACGCUGUCAUGUCGUGUCGCUGUGAGUGGCUGAGCAGCUGCCGUGCCCCUCGGUGGGGCCAUCCCGGUGCACGUCAAGGGACUCUUGUACAUAGUUUGAACCCUCGUUGCAAAGCAGUGCAACAUCCCUGGCACCGUCCUGCCCAGUGCCUCUGCCUGCAGCAGAGCUGCCUGCCCAGCACAUCCUGCCCGCGUCGGGCUGACACAGCCCCACUCGCUCUCUGGGUGGGGAAAGCUCCCUUCCAGCUGCAGGGUGUGCAGGAUAGACAGGGUGGGUGGGGAGGAAAGGCAGGCUCCAGUCCUGAACUCCGGUGCCGUGGGCAGGCAGGGUCAGGAGAAGUGUGCCCAGAGCUCAGAGCCAGAUCCAGCCCUGGCCCCGUGGGAACAGGGCUGCCCAGUUGUUGAUUUGCAAGUCCACCCUUCCUGGGGAGGGUGAGUGUCGCCCUGCCAGGCUGUGCCCCGGGCGGGUUGUUACGUCUGCAUUGCGUGAGCAUGGCCUGAUCCUGCCACAGUAGCACUGCUUGGAGCAGGGCACAUGGUUCCUGCCCCGGGCAGCCAGAGGCAGAGCCAGCAGAUGGUGCCAAAAAAGCCUUCCUCCUCCCUGCCGGAGAUCCUGCGUGGGUGGCUGCUGAGGGACAGGCAGGAGCAAAUCCCCAUCUCCCCCUGCCCCAUCCCCACUGGGGUGUGGGCGCUCAGCCUGCCAAGACAGCUCUGUCUUGUGCCAGAAGAAUGCAGCACCCUUGGGUGUGAGCACCUCAGCCUGGUGUGCGGGUCCCCAGCGUGUGCCCAGCCUGUCAUUCCUGCCAGGAGCCUUGAGCCUCGAUCUGCCAGUCCUGGCUGUGUGCUGCUGGUCCCCAUGCCCAGCAGCCCCGUGUCCCCAGAGGUCCCAGACAGAAUCUGCAAUGGAGACGUUCCCCCAACAGCAGCCAGGAGAUCCCUCCCCAGUCCAUACGUGCCAGAGCCCUUCCUGGCUGUGCCUUGGGGAGCCACUCCAUCACCACUGCCUGGCCAGAGGCAGAGGGGUGACCCAGGGCCCCCAGGCUUGCCCAGAGAUGGGGGCAUGGCCACCCAGCCCUUUGCUGCCACAGCCAGCUGCAGCCCUGUGGCCUUAGUCAGAGCCCCCCUGUGUCUCUGUGAUGCUGCUCAGUUCUGUCUGUGCUGUGGAACCAGGGGAAAUAAAGAGCAUUGCCUGGAUGUACCUUUCUUUCCUUCCUCUGUCAACAGGGCUGGAUUGUGCUUUUCCCAGCAGCAACGUCCUUUCAACCCUCCUCUCCCCCACAGAGCCUUCCCCAGGCCCUGGCAGAGCUGGGGCCAGCCCUGGGCUCCAGUGCCACCCGGACUGGCAGCAAGGGGCAGUGCCAGGAGCUUGUUUACCCAGCACUGCUGAUGGAGUACGGGAAGCUGCAGGGCCGGCAUGGCCAAGGACUUC